AUGAGUACACACGAUAGAAAGAAUAACCAAGUAUCAGCUACGAUAUGUUCUAAUUGUGGUACAACAACAACACCUCUUUGGAGAAGAGCACCUAAUGGCGAUACUAUCUGUAACGCGUGUGGUCUUUAUCUUAAAGCACGGAACACAUUACGCCCACCU